AUGCACACGGUACGGCAACCGGCGCGCGACUUGAAGACCAAACCUAACUACGACAAGUGUCCCGUUUCAUACGUCAAGCGGCAACUCCGAUUGGAAUCGCUUGAGGUAUGGAACGGGCGCUACAUGGACGUGGAAACUGCCUUGACAACCAAGAUCGUCUUCCCGGACGUCGUGCCCGCGUUCCCUGUGCUCAGAAAAAUAGACCCGGAUCACGUACUUACCCAAGUUUAUAAGGAAAUAACAAAAAAAGAUGAUUUUGUGGCCAGCAAAGGAUGGCUAGAACGUUUUAAAAGUCGUCAUGGCAUACGUUUAAUGACUAUUACAGGAGAUAAACUUUCUAACGAUGCCACCUGCAUAGAGCCCUUUAAAUUAAGAUUUUUGCAAAAGGUGAACGAUUUAAAUCUUGACCCGUCACAGGUGUACAAUGCAGACGAAUCAGGGCUUUUUUGGCGUGUGAUGCCUAACAAAACUUUCGUUUCUUGUAACGAAAAAGACGUACCUGGACGAAAAGUGAGUAAAGAGCGUGUAACCAUACUACCAUGUGCUAAUGCUGCAGGUACACACGCGCUUAAGAUGGUGGUCAUUGGGAAAUCUAAUAAACCAAGGGCAUUCAAAAACAUUGAUUUACCUGUACACUAUUACGGACAAAAAAGUGCAUGGAUGACAAAAGACCUUUUCAAAAAGUGGUUUGAUGAAUGCUUCGUACCUGAAGUUAGAAAAUGGUUAAAAGAUCAUAAUUUUCCUCAAAAAGCGUUGUUGCUUCUUGAUAACGCUCCCGGUCAUCCGUCUGAAGAAGAACUGACAACUGAGAAUAAAUGCAUCACUGCGAUGUUUCUUCCGCCAAAUUGCACUGCACUGAUUCAACCAAUGGACAUCAUCAUUCAGUUUGUUAAGCAAGACUAUAAAAAGAACCUACUUUUGAGAGCCGUAUCAAAAGACCAACCAAUAGAAAAAACUUUAAAAGAAUUUAAUAUGAAAGACUUGGUUUUUGCUCUUAAACAAGUCGCUACUGAAACACAGAUAAGUCCGGAAGAUUUGGAAGUCUGGUGCCGUGGAAUGGAUAAAGAAGAAAAUAUUUGUCUUGAAAUGUCUGACGAAGAUAUUACAAAAGAGGUUUCUAAUAAUACAACAAACGAUCAGGAAGAUAACGACGACGUGAUUGCAACUGCUCCACAAGUCACAGAUCAAGACGCAGUUAACGCUUUUGAGCUAGGUUUACAAUGGGCUGAAGAGAAUGGUACAUCCUACAACGAGCUUUUACUUUUGAGAAGACUGAGGGACAAAGCUCUGAUCACGCGUUAUAACAACCUUAAACAAAAAAAAAUUGAUGAAUAUUUCAAAGCUUCAUAA